AUGCCUGGACUUUUGAAAAAGACUUUUUUCUCUAUGGCAUCCAUCCUUAGCAUUGCAUCUGCUGUGCUGAUAAUUGUUGCGCUUUCUACACAACAGUGGGUGACUGGAAGUAUCUUGUGCAAGACUGGAGCUGACCUAGUGAAUGCUUCGGACCCAGAAAUGAAUAAGUUUAUCGGGGAAAUUUACUACGGACUCUUUGAGGGUCGAAAAAUAAGGCAGUGUGGCCUGGGAAGGCGGCAAACAAAAAUUUACAUGUUCCCUAAUCUGGUGAGGAAGUUGAAUGGUGCUCUUCAUGUUUUUAUUAUUUUAUUUCUCUUCAUCGCCAUCACGUUUGCUCUAGUCAGUUUUGGGUUCUGUGUAUACAAUGCAAGGAAGAUUCCGUACCAGUCAAUAAAGGGACCUGCAGGCAUUUACUUGUGGAAUUUGAUUGCAGGGUUGUUUGGCGUCUUUGGAGUUGUCAGCUUUAUUGCUGCUUUGAAGCUUCAUCGGUUAACAGAGAGAAUUGCCAAUUUUAAUGAACAUAUAUUCCAGUUUGUUGCCUUGGAAGAACAUUAUGGCUUCUCUUUCUGGUUGUGUGUAGCAAGUACUGCAACCCAUGGAGUUAACUUUCUUGUAGUGGCCAUCACUGGAAUUCAUUUCCCCAGGAUGCAGAAAAAACAACCAGAAGAACCCACUGUAACUGGAGAAGAUCUUUUGUACUGAUGAUUUGCCUUUCCUUCAAAUCAGAAAAAUGAAGAUCGUUGAAUUUCAACAGUUACUGCUUUGAAUGUCGUGAAUGCAAUGCUUUUAUGUGUAAUAGAGCUAUUGCAUGAUAGACAUAGUGCACGCUAGGACAAAGUCAUUAGAGAAGGCAGACAAUGCGUUUUACAUGCUGCAGAAAAGCUAUUUUUCUUUUAAUCUGACAACAGUUAGAUUUAAA